AUUGUUGCCAUGGUUUUUGCGUGUGUGUGUGAGCAGAGGAGGCCAAAACAUUCGACCGAUGGAAAACAUAAACAUUUAAAAAUAUUUACCCCAGAACUAAAUGACCGGCCCAAGAUGUCACUGCCGCGGAUCACGGACUUCGAAAUCCUCGAAAAACUCGGAGCGGGCAGCUAUGCCACCGUCUACAAAGCGCGGCACAAAAAACAGCGCACUUAUCACGCCAUCAAGUACGUGGAAAUGUCGACGCUGUCGCAAACCUCGCGGGAAAACCUAAUCACCGAGAUACGCCUCCUGAGGGAACUCAAGCACAAGUACAUUGUGACUCUACAGGACUUUUUCUGGGACGACAAAAACAUUUACAUCGUGUUAGAGUACUGCAAUGCCGGCAAUCUAUCCGCUUUUAUACGAACCAAGAAGGCCUUGCCGGAGAGCACCUGCCGCUACUUCUUGCGCCAGUUGGCGGCCGCUGUUCAGUACAUGCGAGCCAACGAUGUGUCCCACUUUGACCUCAAGCCAAACCUGCUGCUCACCCGGGGAGCCAACAACGUGUCCCUGAAGGUGGCGGACUUUGGGUUUGCUCAGCACCUGAAGCUGGGCGAAAUCAAUCAGCAGCUGAAGGGCUCGCCCCUCUACAUGGCCCCGGAGAUUGUGCGCAAGCAUCAGUACGACGCCAAGGCGGAUCUCUGGAAUGGGGUGAUACUGUACGAAUGUUUGUUCGGCAAGGCGCCGUACAGUUCGCGAACCAUUGAGGAGCUGUUGCUGAGGAUCAGGAGCGAGGCCAUAACACUGCCACCAAACGCUCGCAUCAGCAACGAGUGCCAUGAUCUCCUGCGCCGCCUUUUGGCUCACGAGCCCACGGCACGCAUUUCGUUCGCCGACUUCUUUGCGCAUCCCUUCCUCGAUCUCAAGACGUUUCCCACAGAGCACACCCUGCAGAAGGCCAUUGAUCUGGACCAGGCGUGCUCGUACGAUGAGAAGCGCAACUACAAGGAGGCUUACUAUUUGUACUGCAGUGCUCUGCAAUAUUUUGUACCAUUGAUCACCGAGGAGGCGGACGCCAAAAGGCUGGCAUUGCGCAAUCGUGCCUUGUCGUACACCAAGCGUGCGGAGGAGAUCAAGAAUUGCAUAAUCGAGGACGAGUACCGGAUGUUGGCCGAAAGGCAACGACAGGGGUCAUCUGCCACGGCUAACCCAACCACAGAGCCUUCUCCAGCUGUCCAAGCUACCGAAGCGCAGCCCAGCAGCUCGCGUGCAGAGAUGCUGGAACCAGAUGCCCGUUAUAAGCAGCUGUUUGCCCUUUCGAACUCGAGUCCGUCCCUGAAGACUGGCCUGGAAAUCGGACGGAAAGGCGAGCUAUAUCUUUACGAGCGCAAGCUGGACGCGGCCUUGGAGUCUUAUACCUCAGCGCUGGGCAUUCUAGUGCCGUUUGUGAAUAAUGAACCAAAGGGCGAGCGCCGUAAUCUGUUGCUGCAACAGUUGGAAUUCUGGAUGAAAGAGGCGGAGAGCAUCAAGAGCAUUUUGAGCGCCAAGCACAUGGACGAGGAGGAGCAGAAGCUGUCCACGCGCACUUCAAUGAGAACCAUCACAUUCCCGGGCUGGUCAAGACCACCGCUUUUGUAUUUCAUUCUGUUCAUUGUGCUUAAUUUGAUUAAAAUUGUUUAAAGAUAACCGAA